AUGGCUCAGAAACGGGGCCGGUCGCCUCCAGCCGACGAUAAGCCCCAAGUCUUCCACUCCAACCCCAUAGAAGACCGCCAGUCCACCUUUAUAGCCCACUUUUCCCCGUCGCAAUCCGCAAAGACACUGCAAGCGGCGCCCGAAUUCAAGAGCGCGUCCCACCGCAUGGCCGCUUGGCGCAAGGCGUCCACGCAGCGUACCCUGAGCAGCGACCGCCAGAUCUUCACCACCGGAUCCGACGACGACGGUGAAAAGUACGGCGGCAAGCGACUGGAGCGCGUGCUCAACGAAGCCAAGGUCACGGGCGCCGUCGUGGUCGCGCGCUGGUACGGCGGCGUGCUGCUCGGGCCCGUGAGGUUCACGCAUAUCGAGAACGCCGCCAAAGAAGCCAUUGGUGCGUGGAGGGAAAGCACGGGCGAGAGACCGGCGGCGAAAGUACGGAAAGUUGAGCAGCAGCAGACGUCGGCAGGAGACGACGAGGCUGACCGGAAGCGUUUGACGAAGCAACUGACUGAUCGCGACCAGAGUAUUGUCGUGCUGCGGCAGCUCCUGGCUGAGAAGCAGGCCAUGGCCAGCGUAGGGGCGCAGCCCGACAUGGUCAGCAGCAGUCAGCCCUCGUCCAGUGCGGCGACAGCAAUUGAUUACGCCGAGAUGCCGCUGCUGAGGCUGCGCCAGCUCGACAAGGCGCGUGACGCCACCAUUGCGUGGAUUCUCAAGCAGAUCGACCAGGCUGAGACGAAGGAGAAGGAGGUGGCUGCCGCGGCGGCGGUCGGGAAGACGAAAGAGGAAGGGUGA